ACGCGCUGGGACUUGUAGUAGCUAGUAGCUGUCAAGCAACUGUUUGUUGUUUCACAGUCCAGUUUUGUGUCCAUUUACUGUUGAUGGACUUCAUUUUCAGAUGGAAACGAUCUGCUCUACUUAACUUUAUGUGUGAUAUCAGCCGGACGGUGUUAGUAAAUGCGGUGUUUUGUAGCUGUUAGUGUCUGUACAGCUAACUUGCUAACAUUCCGAAGAGUUAGCAUUAGCAUUAGCAGGGAAGUUCAUUGACCCUCGGCUACAUGGAGACUUAGAACCGCCGGCUUGUAAUUUUUUUAAGCCUCAGCAUAAGUUUUCUUGCUUAGUUGUUUCUGGCAGACAUGUCUGGACUCGAUGAAGCGGAUGAUACCACCCCAUUGCUGAGGGAUGAUUCAAGCAGUGAUGACUCUCAAAAUGAAGGUUACAGGAGUCGGUGGAGGUCUAUUCGAGUCAUGUACUUCACCAUGUUCCUCAGCAGUGUGGGUUUUACUAUUGUCAUAACAUCACUAUGGCCCUAUUUACAAAAGAUUGAUGAUGACGCCAAUGCCAGCUUCCUGGGGUGGGUAGUGGCGGCCUACAGCCUCGGUCAAAUGAUCGCCUCGCCCAUUUUUGGCCUGUGGUCCAAUCGCCGGCCACGCAGGGAGCCGCUGGCGUGCUCCAUCUUCAUCAAUGUGUCCGCCAAUAUCUACUACGCUUAUGCUUACCUGCCUAAAUCUCAAAACAAGUACCACAUGCUCAUGUCCAGAGCCUUUGUGGGUUUCGGAGCAGGGAAUGUUGCUGUGGUAAGGUCCUAUGUUGCUGGAGCGACAUCGCUAAAGGAAAGGACUGGUGCUAUGGCGAACAUGAGUGCCUGUCAGGCCCUGGGCUUCAUCCUGGGACCAGCUCUGGGGGCGUGUCUGUCAUUCAUUGGUGAACACGGAGUCACAGUGAACGUCAUAGACCUGCAGCUCAACAUGUACACUGCUCCGGCUUUACUGGCUGCAGCGUUUGGCGUCAUCAACAUCCUGCUGGUUGUCUUGGUCCUGAGAGAGCAUCGUGUUGAUGAUCAUGGAAGAUGCAUUCAACCCAUCAACUAUAUAUCUGAAGAUAGUGUUGAUGUUAGUGAAGAAAUGGAGGAACCCAUCGACCAGGCUGCAGUUGUGACAUCCAACAUCCUCUUCUUCAUCGUCAUGUUCAUCUUUGCCGUCUUCGAGACGAUCGCCACUCCUCUGUCCAUGGACAUGUUCGCCUGGACGAGGAAAGAAGCAGUUUUAUACAAUGGAAUCAUCAUCUGCGGUAUCGGAUUUGAGUCCAUCCUGGUGUUCCUGGUUGUAAAAGUGGCCUCUCAAAGGGUUGGGGAUCGUCCUGUGUUGCUAGCAGGCCUGGCUAUCAUAUUCUGUGGCUUCUUUAUUCUUCUUCCAUGGGGAAACCAUUACCCCAAAAUCCAAUGGGCAGACCUUAAAAACAACACCCUGGUCAAUCAAAGGUUAGAUGGCGCCAUGACCGCUAACAGCUCUGUGGAGCCAACAGGAUGCCCGUACGAACAGACCUGGUGCCAGUACACCCCCGCCAUCCACCUGGCCCAAUACAUCACAUCUGACAUCCUCAUCGGGGUGGGAUACCCAGCAUGCAACGUCAUGUCCUACACACUGUAUUCCAAAAUCCUUGGAUCCAAACCCCAGGGUGUGUACAUGGGCUGGCUGACCGCUUCAGGCAGCGGGGCCCGGACUUUGGGCCCGGUCUUUGUCUCCCAGGUCUAUACGAUCCUGGGACCCCGCUGGGCCUUCAGCCUGAUCUGUGGAAUGGUGGUCGGAGCCAUCAUCCUCCUCAGCUCCGUCUACCACAGACUCAUCGCUUUUUCCGUACGAGUUGGAAGGAUAGUAGACUAAAAUGUGAGGAAUCCUCUCCAGCUUCUGUUCACAAAGACUUUUGGCCACGAUUGGCUGUAACAAAGGCUUUUUUUGCUGCUACUUUAACACGUGGUAAAGUGAUGCACAGGCCGUAGGGGUUUGUGACUCAGGGUUGGCCUUUGAACUCUAAGUGAAGACCAAACAGGUGGAGCUUCAUGAGUUCAAAUGGAACUAAUGGUUGCACCGCAGCUGCACUUUCACUCACUAUAUGUGAAAGAAACCUUUUGUGUGAUUCCUAUUUUUACCAAACACAAGGAGGUUCCAAGAAAUCAAGUAAAUUAUCAUUUUGAAUCAGAAAGUUCUCUUAACAUUUGUUACUGAAAUAUCUGACUGACAGCACGUGUUUUAUAUAAUUACACCAUUGCCUUUAAAGAUAAAUUUACUUUAAGACCAAAUGAUAGGAACUUGUUUAAAAUUAAGUUCUGUGUACAUAGAACGUGCUGACACAUAGAUUAGGUGUUUUUCAUUGAAUGUGGUGCCCUGCUACCAAAAAUUAAUUGUAUGUCAGACAUAAUAAUUAACAGUAAUCAUCAGUCCAUAAGCUAUGAGUAGAAGCAACACAUAUAACAUUUCCACAUCCUUUAUUUUCAGUAUUUUCCUGUUUCUGUUAAUGGCUUUGUCUGUUUUCACUUAAAACUAAAGGGUUUUAUGAAUUAAGUCAGAAAGUGAUGUGACCGUGUGUAUGUUGUAAUAAUUAACAGUGAUGCAUUAAAGAACUAAUAUGAUUUUUUUAUUUUAUUUUAUUCCCAGUGUCUCUUGUCACUGUUGUGUUUAGUUUGUUAAUUAUCACAGAUUGAAAGAAGUCUUUUCUGUCCUUUUUAUAUGAGACUAAAUUUCUGACAAUUUAAAAAAAAACUUCACUUAACAUUUACAUACAAUAAUUGAAAACAUCCUAAAGUGAAAGUUAGGGAUUUUUUUUUGUUUGUUUGUGACAAUGUGUGACAGUUUUUUAGUUGAAGAGACUUGUUAU